AUGCUGUGGCUGCUGCCGCCCCUGCUGUGGGGAGGGGUCCUGGCUCAGGAUCCGGGAUUCCAGCUGCACGUUCAGGAGUCUGUGACGGUGCAGGCGGGCCUGUUCUCCGUGCCCUGCACCUUCUCCUACCCUCCAGGUGGCUGGACAGACGCUACCCCAGCUCAUGGCUGCUGGUUCCGGGAGGGGGCCAGGCCAGGCCAGGAUGACCCAGUGGCCACAAACAGCCCCGAUCGUAAAGUGCAACAGGAGACUCAGGGCCGAUUCCACCUCCUCGGGGAUCCCCAGACCGACAACUGCUCGCUGCACAUCAGAGACGCACAGAGAACAGACACAGGGACAUACUUCUUCAGGGUGGAGCGAGGGUCCCAUGUGAGAUACAAUUAUACAUAUAACCGGCUCUCUGUACUUGUGACAGCUCUGGCAUCGACACCUGACAUCCACAUCCAGGGGACCCUGGAAUCCGGCCGCCCCAGCAACGUUACCUGUACAGUGUCAUGGGCCUGUGAGACAGACACAACACCCGUUUUCUUCUGGAGCGGAGUCGAGGUCACCCGCCUGGGCUUCGGGACUGCCAGCUGCUCCGUGGUCACCCUCACACCGCGGCCCCAGGACCACGGCAUGAACCUCACCUGUCGGGUGGCCUUGCAAGGCGGCCUGAUCAAGGAGAGGACUGUCCAGCUCAACGUGUCCUUCCCAGAGGUCCUGGGCAACGCCACCUCCCUGCGGGUCCAGGAGGGCCAGUCCCUGCGCUUGGUCUGCGAGACGGAGGGCAACCCCCCAGGGAGGCCAAGCUGGUCCCGGGGGAGCCUGACCGUGAGCCCCUCCAAGCCCUUGGAUCCGGUGGUCCUGGAGCUGCCCCAGGUGGUCGCGGCGGAUGCAGGGCAAUUCACCUGCCGCGCUGAGCACCCGCGGCCCUCCUACCACCUCUCCGUGAACCUAGUUGUGCAGGCUGUUUCCUGUACCUCCCACCAGGCCUGUGUGGAGCAGCAGGGCUCCUGGCCCCUGGUCCUCACCCUGAUCAGAGGGGCCCUCAUGGGGGCUGGCUUCCUCCUCACCUACGGCCUCACCUGGCUCUGCUACACCAGGUUUAGGGGCCCCUCCGUGAGGAAGGCCGCAAGGAGAGACUGA